AAACUGUGAACUGCAAAUUUAAAAAUCACAAUCAAGUUGGAAAUUGGAAAAUGUUAAGAGCCCGUAAUAUAUUGGUAGUGCCACAAAGAUGGAAGGGUGGCAAAACAAGAUGGUCAAUACAACAGAAAAAGAAAAACAACACCGACAGGGCAUUGGAAAACUUUGAUGAUUUCUAUGGCUCCGUGUUUGGUGUACGAUGGAGGAGCAUACGAGCUGCAUUGUUGACAGAAAACAAAUACAUUGCCAUGGUCAAUAACUUUGGGGACAAUGAAAAGACCUGUAGCAAACUGGAAAUGGAUGGAGCAAUAAAUAUCCGAGCACUGGUACAAUUAGCAAAGGAACGACAAACGGAAACACAAACGCCGAACAUUGAUACAAACCAAAACUCCCAAGAAGUAGAAGACAAAAUGGAUGCAAUAACAAGAAAACAGAAAGACAAAGAAAUUCAUUUAAUUUAUCCCGAAAACACCAACGAAGCACAUGUGCCAGAAAAUCUGGAUUAUAAUUCAACAGCAAAUGAAAACAUCUCACCACAAAUGCAAAGCAAAGAAACUCCCCUGAGGAGUACAACUGAAUCAUCUGUUAGCAUUGAUCAUACACGUAUUGUUGAUCCCGAACAUGGGACUGGGGCUCUUUAUGAUUUUAUACCAGCAUCUAGUAUUAAAGGCAUGGAAGAUUGGAUACCCGAAUCGGAUCAUUAUAAAUAUUAUCAGACCAAUGCUGAUUUUCCAUUGCAAUUCGAAUUGGAACAAGAUUUCACAUUUCCCGAAAAUCUCGCCCUCUAUACAUAUGAAAUGGGAAAUUGUUCUGAGUUUCGGCCGCCGAACAAAUGUUUGACCGGUGUCUUGUCCCAUUAUCUAAUGGAUGGUGCUUCAAUAUUGCCACCCCUCCUUUUAAAUGUAAAACCCGGCGAACGUGUUCUUGAUGCCUGUGCAGCUCCCGGUGGAAAAUCAUUGUUAAUGCUUCAAACGUUAUAUCCCGAGCAAUUGGUGUGUAACGACGUAAUGGAAUCGCGGGUUAAUCGCAUACGUAAAGUUAUGAAGGAAUAUUUAUUUGAUUUCGAUGAACGUUGGCUGGGACAACAACGCUUAAUACUGAAUCAAUGUGAUGCCCGAAAUUUAGAUGACUAUGGUAGCUAUGAUAAGAUUUUGAUUGAUGUACCAUGUACCAAUGAUCGACAUUCUCUUAUGGAGAAUGACAAUAACAUCUUCAAGCCAACGCGCGUAAAGGAACGACUAAGAAUACCCGAACUGCAAGCAGGCAUAUUGGCAAAUUGUAUGCGCCUGCUAAAACCGGGUGGUAGUUUAAUGUAUUCCACCUGUUCGCUGUCACCGGUACAAAAUGAUGGUGUUGUCCAUAUGGCUCUGCAAAAGGCCUUCAACGAUGAUGGUCUCACAUUCAUUGUUAAAGACUUGAGUUAUUUAACACAACUGUUUAGUGAUAUUUAUCGGUUUGAAUAUCCAAAAAGUCUGAAAUAUGGUCAAAUGGUUUUGCCAUAUUUGCCGGCAAAUUUUGGACCAAUGUAUUUUAGUAAAAUCACAAGAACUGAAUAAAACUUCAAUUGUAAAUUAAAUAAAGAUGAGUUGAUAGGUACUUAAA